AUGAAUCGUCCUGGUGCCGGAGAGCAGUUUCAAGGUACAAAGGCCAUCGACGGCUUCAAGGCUGCAGAAACUUGCCAGUCAAACUGUGAAAAUGAGGAGAAGAUAUGCCGCUGCUGCGCUGAUAGCAGUGCAAUGUCCACAUUCAUCAACACUUGCCCCGCGACAAACCCUGCAGAUAUUUACUUCUUCCCAGUCCUCGGAUACAAUCAUCUUAUCUCAGCAGAAUGCACUUCGUCGCUAGGACCUAAACCUAGCUGCUCGUCCGCCCCUUACAACUUCACAAUCUCCCCGGGCUCUGGAUCAAAUGACCAGUUCUUCAAUGCUGCCACGAUUCCCAAGAACCGAACUAAUCCAUUGACGAACAAUCCUGGAGGUCUAGCGACACCUAUUAGUGGAGCUGUGUUUACUUGGAGUUUGUAUGAAGGCGGUGUGACAACCGCCAAUACCACAGUGACAAGUUGGACUGGUGCUGGCGCUACAACACUAGGAGCGAGCGCGGGUUCUGUGACGAAUGUCUCGGGGACAAGUGGCACAUUGGGGGCGUCUAGUAUAGCAUCGGCGACCCCAACAACAUCUACCAAGAGUAGCGGGUGGAAGAAUUUUCCAAGUGUUGGAUUGUUAUUUUUGGGUGUUGUUUUUGGCCAUGUGAAGACUGAUAGGGCUGGACGCUCUGAAUACUCACCGGCUUGCAGUCCGCUGGACCGUAAAAUUUUCACUCCACUGGCGUGUCCAGUUUUGCAAAUAUAUGUUCGUAAUAAAAUUAUAUCACCCAAUAGUCCGGCAGUGAACAGUGACCGCCGAUUUAACCAGAUUCCCGGCUUUCCGGCUGCUUGACUUUCUGUCAUCUCACGUGACCUCACCCCUUCCCCCCCUUUCGGAGUAUAAAAUUCUGCCCACAACUGUCAACCAGCAUUACUAUCCCAUGACUUGACUGCCUCACUUGUUUUGACUUACGGGCGCCAUGUUCUAAUGACUAUGAGGCAGAUGAUGAGGUGCAGACUUUCGAAACUGCCUUGUCAUCUACCUGCAGAUAUCGGCAAGAUACCUGCAUGCUUCAAUUACCAACGCAUUAUGGCUGAAAGUUUGCAAUUUGAGAUUUCAAAACACGUGGAGACUUGAUACUUCCAGCUAACUCAGCCCACUUAAGUGAGAUGGUAGACUCAAUUGUAAUUGAAUAGAGGAGCUUUCUGAAACA